AUGGUUCUUCAAAUAUCAGUAGCGACUGCAGAAGACGCAGAUACAAUUGCAACCAUUCAUCUUGCGGCUUCUAAUCAAAAUGUCUUACUACAUGCUCAAUUUCCAACGAAAGAAAGUCUCGCAAGUUUACAUGAAUGUCUCAAGCAGGAUGUUUUAGAAACUUUGAAAGCAGGAAAUGUUGAAAGAACUAAUUUAGUAGUACGAGAUAGCAAUACCGACCAGAUCAUCUCUAUCGCCAAGUGGGAUUUACCAAAUAUUACCAAGGAUGCCGAUGGCUCUUUUUUGAGCAUAUGGCCUCCGAACGAUGCUCGUCAGGACCUUCUUGAUGAGUAUACUGAAAAGGCCGGAGCUGCGAAAAUGAGGGUGGUGGGUGAUGCUAGAUGCUAUCGUUUGACUUUCGUCGGCACACAUCCUGAACAUAUGGGAAGAGGAGCCGGAACUCUAUUGACCAAAUGGGGCUUAUCGAAAGGCUCCCAGAAGGACAUCCCCGUUUACUUGGAAAGUACCGUUUCUGUUUCAUCCUUUUAUCGAAGAUUAGGCUUCGUCUCUCAGGAUGGAUUUUCAAUGUCUCUAUCUAAUAUGGGUAUUCAUGGCGAGCCUUGUAUUUACGAAGAACUAUGUAUGAUUCGAAAGUGGGAUGUUGAAGAAGGGAUGGACCAUUGGGAUUCAAGUCUUGAUGUAUCAAAUCUUACGCUCGAUUAUGAAGCUGGAAUUACACCUCAGCUUGUGGUGCAAGCUAUUUAUGACCGUAUUGAAGCAUAUCAGCAGGUACAGCUAUCUCUAUGGAUUCAUCUUCAACCCAUUGGCGAUGUUAUGGGAGCAGCCAACGAGCUGCUCAGACGUUGGCCCGAUGAAUCGAAUAGACCACCACUGUGGGGUGUACCUUUCAGUGUCAAGGAUAGCUUCAACGUGGCAGGAAUUCCCACUACAAUUGGAUGUCCAGCUCUGGCGUUCACUCCUACUUCCUCAGCAUUCGUCUACCAACGAUGUAUUGAUGCCGGAGCUCUUUUCAUCGGCAAAACAAACAUGGAACAACUAGCUACUGGCAUGACGGGUUGCAGAUCUCCAUAUGGCACACUGCACUCAACAUUCAGCACAUCUCACAUUGUCGGCGGAUCGAGUAGUGGUAGUGCGGUAAGCGUGAGCCAAGGGUUAGUAUCAUUCUCUUUAGGCAGCGAUACAGCAGGCUCCAUACGGGUUCCAGCCAUGUUUAACGGUCUCGUGGGAUUCAAACCUACCAAGGGUACCGUUUCGGCUCACGGAGUUGCCCCAGCUUGUCUUCACCAAGACUGUGUUUCCUUUCUGGGUCUCACCACUGAAGAUACGGAAACAGUCUGGAAGAUUUGCCGAGGUUUUGACAAAAAUGACUAUUUCGCCAAACCUCCACCAUUCCAACUCUCGUCACAGAUUCCAUCAGAAUGUGUCAAACCCACAUUCAAAUUUGGCACACCGCCAGACUCUGCACUCGAAAUCUGUAAUCCCAUUUAUCGUAAGCGAUUUCAACAUGUCGUAGCCGCUCUAGAAUCAUCGGGUGGUCAACAAGUAGACUUAGACUGGACUCCCUUCGCCAGCGCCAACGCACUCCUCUACAACAGCACAUUCGUUCUCGAACGCCUCACUACCCUCCCCAAAAACUGGUUCGACCAAAAUAAAGAAUCGCUUCACCCCGUCAUCCGCUCCGUUUUCGAAAACGCACUCGCGCGCCAUAGUACGCCCAUCGAUGUCUUCAAUGAUCUGCACAAACAAGCCGAGUACAAAAGAAUCGUCGAGGAUAUACUAACGCUUGACGAUAAUGAUGAGUUAACCGUCAUGAUCGUUCCUACGACUCCUUUUCAUCCUACGAUUGAGGAAGUCGAGAGAGAUCCGGUGGGUAUUAAUGGGAGGUUGGGCGCGUUUGCUCAUUUUGCUAAUGUGUUGGAUUUGGUGGCUGUGGCGGUUCCGUGUGGGUCGUAUGGAUAUGGGUGGGGGGGGAAAAGAUUACCGUUUGGAGUUACGGUAUUGGCGGGUACGGGUUUGGAUCAUAGGCUUUUAGGGAUGGUGAAGAUGUUGGAGGAUGGGUUGAGGGAUGUUGGGGAGGAUGAUGAUUAG